AUGAUGGAUGCUGCUGCUAUUCCACCAGUUGCUCCUCAACAUGCAGCACACAUUUUUAUACGUUCUAAUUUCACUCGUCCUGCAGUUAGUUUACCAACAGGUUCCAAGCCAGUUGUUGCAGUUCGCUUUUGUCCUCAACCGUUUCAAUUAAGACAAGUUAAUUUAAACUGUCAGAAUGCUACAAAUCAAUAUACUAGUUUGUUUAAUCUUGCAUAUCGAUGGUUGUUUUGUCUAGUCUUAGAAGAUAGUGUUCUGUUUUAUGAUACGCAACAAACUGUACCAUUUGCUCAAAUAAGAUUAAUCUCUUAG